GGUAGUACCUCUUAAAAAAAGUAGAAGAGGGAGUUGAAUGUCACACGUACCGAUACUAUUUCGUAGAAAAUAGUAGAAAGGAGAACGUCGAAAAUAACAAUAUAGCGUUAUUAGCUACUGGUAAAACGAUAAGUCACGUACAUAACAAUGCCACAAUACACGAUAUGAAGGGAAAAGCAUAGAGCAUUGGGGAAUAGCAAACAGGCAUAUGUACAUCUUCCUCCGUUGCGUUGUUGGGGACAUUUCACGAUAGUCAACAAGAACGUCCACAGUGAUAGACUGUCAAUGCCUUCCUCUUCAAAAAUAUAAGGCUUGCAUUGACACUACUUUAGGCAAACACACCCACACUAUUGUUUAUUUACAAGAGACCAACUGCAACUAGUCAUGGAUCAAAGAUAUUAAUGUACUUGCUGUCAGAGAAUUUAUGCAUCACACAACUUCAUGUGUAGUAUCUGUAUUGUUACAGCACAUCGAAAAGUGUUUGUGGGAGAUGUCAAGAAUGUGACCAACGAACUGUUGUUAAUGUUAUGAGCUUCGUAGAAAGAAUGAUAACUAAGUUUGGUGCUAGUUGUGCCUAUGGUCUAGGUGUGCUGUAUCUUUUCAAUAUAAUUGUCGUUGGGGAUACCCAGUUGCUCAUUAACGUAAAAAAUCAGGGUGGCGACGUUUUGCAGGAAACAAUUUCAGCAAAUGUAUCGGAAGACAUAGUAAUAUUAGAAUUCCAGCGCUCUGAUGGAACACUCGUGACGCAGCUUGUUGACUUCAGGAAUGAUGUGCAAGUACUGAAGGCACUUGUAUUGGGUGAAGAAGAACGUGGCCAAAGUCAGUAUCAGGUUAUGUGCUUUGUCAGACAUUUUCACAAGGGAGACUUUAUAUCAGCAGAUGCAAUGGCUAAGCUUCGCCAGAAGAAUCCAGGCACUGUAAGGACACCAGAAGAAGACAGGGGACGCGAGAAUUUCACAAUGGAUUUGAUUGUUGAUGUGAACAAGAGUGGUGCCAUAUCACAUCAUAUUGCAGCUAUGUGUGGAGAAGCAUCUGAUGCUACAUAUACCAGAGAACAAGAUUUGCAACUAUGGGCAGCACGUCCAGGUGCAUCACUGUCGGCACUGCUUGCCUCUGUCUCUAGGUCACCACCUGACGGAGGAUCACAGGCAGGACCUGUUCCCCGCUGCCUGGAAACUGCGGACCCUUGGCAUGCUUGCACUUGUAAUCUGGAGCUUUGUGUCGGGUGGUACCCUUGUGGUCUGAAGUAUUGCAAGGGCAAGGAUAGGGCAGCAGCCCUGCCUGGAGGUGGAUAUCGCUGUGGCAUUAAGACUUGUCGAAAGUGCAGUCUUCUCUCUUAUUAUGUGCGGCACAAACAGCUCUGCCUCUGGGAUGAAUGACCCAGGCCUGUUGCUGGCUGGGCCGGCACCUAGCACACAUGUGGAAUGCAGUAUUUCUCUCCAUAUGAGGAAGGUGUGCCACUCUUCGCACACAUUGUCUUCAGAAGUGUUGCUGCUUAUGUUCUGUGAGCUAUGAUCACUUGGAAUUUACCAUAUGGCAAGCUAUAGUCAUAUGUGGAUGUGGGGUUCCAAGUGGUAAUAAUUUUUUACUAUAGCAACACCACAUCAGUCCUAUGUUUUGCACUGGUGACGUCUAACAGAAUACAAGAUGUAAAUGUGUGGUGUGUCUGCAAAGAGUCUUAUACUGUUUUGUUAAACAGAAAUAUAUAAUAGCUGUGUGCUAGCAUAUUCUUUCAAGAUAGGGGAAAUUCAGAUAUGACGCGGUAUUGUACGGUGACCACGAAGCACUGCGGUUAACAUGCAGUGGUAGUGCUGAUUCUUGGUAAAAUGCAUAAAGCAUGCAGUGAUUAGCUAAACCAAGAAAGUUUAUAAGAAACUGCAUUAAAAUUGUUUCCUCUUGCUUCCAUUGUCUGUAAACAAACAUGUACAUAGUAUUGAAUAUAAACUGCUACUUUUAUACACUUUUUGUACAAUGAUAAAUAAAAAGAUUUUGUAAUUUAAAAUUAAUAAACUUUUGUGCCUAGAA